GUUUGUUGGUUUCAUUCAUUUCCCAUAAAAAGAGAAAGAACAAUUCGGUGUUUGUCAUUCGAUCGAUCGCGAAGGUUUCUGGCAUUAUCUGUUCAUUGUUGUUCCGGACAAUUUUCGGCGGAUUGGAUAAGGAUUCAAAAGGAAUUUUGAAUUUUUCUCAUCAUCUCUAUUGUUCUUGGUCAAGGUUUUUCUUUUUUUUUUUUUCCUUCUCGCCUAACUCUUUUAUCUGCCUACUUUCUUCCUAACUUUUGCGAAUCCGGAACUAUUUCCUUGCUGGGUUUUACUUUUGUAUGAAUCCCAAAUCGUAUACCCUUAAUUCUUCUAGUUCGUUUUCUUUUAGAAGGAAUUCUGUUUUUGCUUUAGGAAACAUUACUGGGCUUUCUUCUUGUUUCAGCAUUGAACCCUUUUCAGUUUGUUCUCUGUAGUUAACUAUUUUCGCUUCCUUGGGUAGCUUUGUGCUUGAAUGAGUUAACGGGGUUGGUUGAAUGUUUGGGAAUCUUUGAAGCUGCGUGAUCUUUAAUAAGAGAUUUGUUGAUUGAGAUUAGAAUUUAUAUUAUAGAUUCUUCACUCCUUCAAGGAAAUCUCCUGGAGUUUGAUCUAUUCAGAGUUGUGGAGUAUGAGUAUUUAAUUGUUCUUUGUAGUUGAGUGUAAGGUAUUUUUUCUGUUUAUGGAUUACUCAAAGAAUAAACAGAAUGAGGUAUUGGGUGUGAACAAAAUAGGGAAGAAUAUAAAGAAGAGUCCACUGCACCAACCUAAUUUUGGUAACAUCCCUUCAACACAACAGCCUCAGCCUCAACCUCAGCCCCAGGUUUACAAUAUAAACAAAAAUGAUUUUCGGAAUAUUGUUCAGCAGCUGACUGGUUCUUCACAAGAGCCAUCUAGUAGACCACCUCAGAAUCCAGCAGCUAAACAACAAAGCUUAAGAUUGCAAAGGAUACGACCUCCCCCAUUAACACCGAUAAACCGGUCCCAUGCUUCACCUCCGGUCCCUGUUUCGAUUGCCCUGCCACAUGUUCCUUAUUACAAUGGUCAGUUUAGGUCUGCACAAUGUGAUCAAUCAUCAACAGCAAUGUUUCAAGGGCAACCAGCACCUACACAAUUGCCUCAACCGAUCCCGGCAGACUCAGCUUGGCCAAAGCCUGCUGAUUCUCCAAUAUCUGCUUACAUGCGUUAUCUUCAAACCUCAGCAGUAGAUUCACCUGUGAUGGGAAACCAGUCUCAGCCAUUACCACAAGCACAAGUUCCUGGUCAAGUUCAAAACCAAGUGGCUCCCUCCGGCUCUAGUUUACCACCUGACCCAACCGUGCCUACUGCGCCGUCUAGUACAAAUGGUGGUCCUGUACCAUCUUUUCCUAAUUUUCCUCCCAUCCAAUCAAACAGUCCUACAAUUUUUCCCUCCCCUACACAAUUUCAUGUGCCGUCUCCUUCUAGUUACUUAAAUUUGUUGUCACCACUGUCACCUUAUCCUUUGCUUUCACCUGGAAUUCGAUUUCCUCCACCUCUGAGUCCCAAUUUUGCCUUUUCCCCCAUGGCUCAACCAGGAAUUUUAGGUCCUGGGCCUCUUCCUCCGCUUUCUCCCGGCCUUAUAUUUCCAUCAUCUCCAUCAGGAUUAUUCCCUCUCCUGAGUCCCAGAUGGAGGGAUUGGUAGUCCUACUUUGUGUGCAUUAAGCCCCACAUUUGUGUCACCACUUCAGCAUAAGAGAUUGUAUGCAUAGAGGUGGUGGAAAAGGCCAUUUUGGUUGUUUGUAUUGUCUGUUGCUUAUUUUACAUUCUUUGUUUUGCUUUUGUCUACACCCCAUUCUGCAGCUGGAUCAAGUUAUGAAUCCCUUAUGAACUGAAAGAGCUAUAAAAGUAAAAACAAAGUCUCUGUUAAAGAGGUCAGGCCAUUGCGCUGGUACUGAAUGGGAAGAUAGCUGUAGCCUGGUAGGUGUAGAACCACAGAUAUUAAAUACCCACAUUCAUUUUAGUUGAAGAUUUGUUAUGAUGUUGUAGUUGUGGAUUAUAGCAAGUUUAAUUUUCUUUCAUUUAAUUCAUUUAACUUUUGUUAAAGGAACUGUGAAGUUGAGAAAUCAGAUGUAUACUGUAUGUUCCUUUAUUCAAGAAAGUACUUAGUUUGAUAUACAAACACUUUGUCGCUGUCUAA